AUGGCGUUCGACGGAGAGAUUCUCGAAAUCUUCUCAUGGUUACCGGCAAAAUCCAUUCUCAAAUUCAGUUCAGCUUGCAACGCUUGCAAAGAUUAUGUCUCCGAUCCGUUUUUCAUAAAAAAACAAAACAGAAACAUGCAGUUGAAGGGCGACUCUAGCUUUUUCGUACAACCACAUUCAUGCCAAAGAUUCGAAGGAAAUUUGGAGUUUCAUACCUUACCUGGUGAGGAGAAUUCCGAGGGGGUGCCUAACGAGUGUGUCAAAUUCAUGCAAACUAAUGGCCGGGUGCUUGCUUCGAGUAACGGGCUGGUUUGUUGUAGAAAUAUUAGCAACCAAGCAACAAUGAACCACCUGUUAUUUAUUUGCAACCCGGCUAUGCGAAGCUGGCUAGGCAUUCCCUCCCCGGCUAACCUCAGAAGCACGGCGGAUAAAGAUUUGCAUAUCUUUUUUCAGUGCAAUAUUGAGUUAUAUGAUCAAUUUCCCCGCGAUUACCUGUUAAUGUUGAUGGAAUAUGAAGAAGAUUGGUCCAACACCCUUUCAUGCAAAAUCUACGUACCCCAAGAGGAGAUAUGGCUUGAGGCUGGGCAUAUGGACAGUGGCGGUAGAAACUUGUUAUUUGAAUUUGGCGUGUAUCAAGGUGGCACUAUUUGUUUUUUAUCAGAUUGGUCUCCUUGUUUUGCUGAAAGAAGUCCUUUUUAUUGGCCAUAUGUUGUUGCGUUCAAUCUCGAAGAGGGUAAGUCAGGAUUUUUAAAAGUACCGAAGGAGUCAAGAAAAGGCCUUACUGAUCGGAGUUGCAUGAUGCGUAUAUUUCCAUGGGAAAAGGAGAACUCGAUUUGUUUGGUGAAGUUACUCAAGGGUGUGCUUAUUGUAUGGGUGUUGCGAGACUUUAACUCGGGGUCCUGGAGUAAGAUUCUCAAGAUACGUGGGCGAGCAAUGCGAAUGGUCGAGCCUGAGCCCAUUAUUGCUGGUUUUACCAUUUUGAAAGGGAGUACGUUACUAGUCGCCACGACAAAAAGGGUAUAUCGAUACGAUCUCACCGGUGAUUGGAAAAGCAGGAGGGUUCGGAACAUAUGUCGACAUCAAUGUGGGGGAGAUGUGUUGCUAAGUUCACAUGGUUUUAGUUACUGUUUUGGAAUAACUGGUGAUUUGUUUGAUUGUGUGAUUAGCUUAAUCAACUUAGCUGUUUCACAAAUUUUCAUUGCUCCGUGGAUUUCUUCUUUGUAA